AUGCUGACCGCCUUCAUUGGCGAAGAAAAAUGGAAGUUUGAGAAGGCCAGACAGCUGAAGAAAGCUCAAUACAAGAAAGAGCGCUUUCUGAAGAAGAAUGUUGUCACCAUGACAACCGAUGAACUUGUUGCUAUACAAACUGAGAUCAAAGGACUCAGUGAUGAAUUCAACGUCUACCGCAUAGAUUGGCUUGGAGCCAAAGUCAGAUUUGUGAAGUUGGCUGAGAAAUUCACGGCUGAUGAAGCUAUUCUAGCCGCUCAUGAAAUUGCCAGGGCAACCACUACUGUUGCGCCUGAGGAACAAGCCAGGACAGCUGAAGCAUCUGCCGCUGUGCCUGAAGAAACUGAACCAGUCAGGCCAACUGCACCAGUUGUGCCUGAGGAAAAUGAACCAAUUUCCUCUGCUCCUCCUGCACCAACGCCAAGUCUCAUUCUUCCUUCUGCAUCAGACGCGAAGAAAACCAAGGCUGCGGUGCGAGCAGCAGUGAAGAAGAGGAAAGCAUCUGCUUCAUCAGAUUCUUCAGCCCCGAAGAAGAUGAAGACACUGGCCAGCUCUUUUGAAAAACCCAUUGAUGCUAUUCCUGUUUCGAGCAUGCCAUCAAAGGAACUCGUUCCCUUUGGUGAAGAUUAUGAGAUCCCAAGUGGAUCUGAUGAAGAUGUUCCUUCUGCUGCCUCUUCAGAGUAG